CCCCACUGCACCAGCUGGAUGACCUCACCAAGGUGAAUCCUGUGACGCUGGAGACAGUCCUGAGGUGCCUGCAGGCCCGGUACAUGGCAGACAAAUUCUACACCAAUGCUGGCUGCACCCUGGUGGCUCUGAACCCCUUCAAGCCCAUUCCUCAGCUCUACUCGCCAGAGCUGAUGAGAGAAUACCAUGCUGCUCCUCAGCCACAGAAACUGAAGCCACAUGUGUUCACUGUGGGUGAACAGACCUACAGGAAUGUCAAGAGCCUGAUUGAGCCAGUCAACCAGUCUAUUGUUGUCAGCGGAGAGAGUGGUGCUGGAAAGACAUGGACAUCCCGUUGCCUGAUGAAGUUCUAUGCUGUGGUGGCUGCCUCACCCACAUAUUGGGAGAGUCACAAGAUUGCAGAGAGGAUUGAACAGCGAAUCCUGAACUCCAACCCUGUCAUGGAAGCUUUUGGGAAUGCUUGUACGCUGAGGAAUAACAACAGCAGUCGCUUCGGGAAGUUCAUCCAGCUCCAGCUGAACAGGGCCCAGCAGAUGACCGGAGCGGCAGUCCAGACCUAUCUCCUAGAGAAAACGCGAGUGGCCUACCAGGCCUCCGGUGAGAGGAACUUCCAUAUCUUCUACCAGAUCUACAAAGGAGCCAGUGAGGACGAGAGGCUCCGGUGGCACCUCCCUGAGGGAGCUGCCUUCUCCUGGCUGCCCAACCCAGAGAAGACCUUGGAAGAGGAUUGUUUUGAGGUGACCAGAGAGGCCAUGCUUCAUUUGGGCAUCGACACCCCCACCCAGAACAACAUCUUUAAGGUCAGAAGAAAAGCCAUGCCUCUUACCUUUGGCAGAGGUGGUGGCAGCCCCUUUCUUAGAGCUUUUCCCCAGACUUGUGACUCAGUCUUUCCCUGAGCAUCUAGCACUUUGGGCUUCUCUGCAGUCCAUAAAGAAUUGACCACCCCUCUGCGGUCCUGAGCCCGGAGACAAGGUGUUGCAGAGGGCAGUGCAUAGAG